CGAUGAAACGUCACUUGCCACGUCUUGACACUGCGGGCGCGCUUGUUCCAGUGAGUGGCAAGUUCUAUAAGUUUUUAACAACUAUCUUUUCUCCUAUCAAAACGUAUAUUUUUUUUUGCUGAUAUCAGUUCUGAAAUGUUCCUGGCUUGUUUGAGCUGGUUUUGCACCUCGCUGCUAGUGUUCGUCAGUGGAGGGAAACUUCCAGAAGCCGAGGUAAAAAUCACAGUUCUGCACAAACCUUUCCUCUGUCAUCGCAAGUCGAAGUACGGAGACAUUCUGCUGGUACACCAUGAAGGAUAUCUUCAAAAUGGAACUAAGUUUCAUUCCAGCUACUCCCAGGGGGACAAGCAGCCUGUCUGGUUCACUCUGGGUAUUAAAGAGGUGAUAAAGGGAUGGGAUAAGGGUCUGCAGGGGAUGUGUGCUGGAGAGAAGAGGCGCCUCGUCGUACCUCCUGCCCUCGCUUACGGCAAGGAGGGGAAAGCGUGGAGCAUGUGAACGAUGCUGUGAGCAUGUGAACGAUGCUGUGAGCAUGUGAACGAUGCUGUGAGCAUGUGAACGAUGCUGUGAGCAUGUGAACGAUGCUGUGAGCAUGUGAACUAUGCUGUGCUUUGCCCUGGUAAGCACACCCAAUACCUAACCCUCACCUACUUCUGUUAUAACCGUAGCCUGAAUCUUUUUACAACACUUUGUUAUUUCAAGAAUGUUCCAGUGUUGACACAUCUUGGGUGUGUGCAUCUUAUGAGUCUUGGUGUGUUUUCACAUAUAGUCCUCUUUAAAAUAAAGUGAACUCUGGGUAAAAAAAAAAAAGAGCAAAAUAACUCAGUUCUGUUUGAAUGAGAACUCUGUCCUCUUCACACUCAACUCUCUUUUCCAGUUCACUUCACCUAUCUUGUGGUCCGUGGUCCGUGUCCUCUUUGCAUUCACAUUGCUAUGUUUUAGAAAGGAACCAAGAUAUUUCUCCAACAUUCACUCAAUGCACUCUGGGUUUUUACUAAGUGCAGGACAAGUCAUUCCAUCAGAAUGUUAUCGGACAGC